CGCACAGAUGCCGUGCGGCGAAGUGGUAUGUGGGGCUCCUGGGAGUGGGAAAUCCACGUACUGCUAUGGGAAACACCAGCUGUUCACCGCUCUAAAUCGGCCUAUCGCCGUUGUAAACCUGGAUCCCGCGAAUGAAAAUAUCACAUAUCCCUGCGCAAUCGAUAUAUCUUCGCUCAUCACGCUGCAAGACGUGAUGAAUGAGUUCGGCCUGGGACCCAAUGGCGGACUGCUCUACUGCAUGGAGUACCUCGAGGCCAACUUUGACUGGUUGGAAGAACGUUUGAACGAACUUGGCAAGGACGCCUAUGUGCUCUUCGAUCUUCCGGGCCAGGUCGAAUUGAGCACGAACCAUGAUAGCGUCAAGCACAUCGUCCAAAAGCUUACCAAAGGAGGCUUUCGGCUGGCCGCGGUGCAUCUUUGCGAUGCCCAUUAUAUCACAGACGCAGCCAAGUACAUCUCCAUACUGCUGCUCUCCCUCCGUGCCAUGCUGCAUCUGGAACUGCCACAUAUCAAUGUCUUGUCCAAGAUUGACCUGAUAUCACAGUAUGGCGAGCUGGACUUCAAUCUGGAUUUCUACACCGAGGUCCAAGAUCUAUCCUACUUGGAGAAUUCACUAUCUGCUUCGACUCCACGAUAUGCCGCUCUUAAUAUGGCGAUCAUCUCUCUCGUGGAGGACUUCGGUCUGGUAGGAUUCGAGACUUUGGCAGUCGAAGAUAAAAACUCGAUGCUACAUUUGACAAGGGCUAUCGACCGGGCAACGGGCUACGUCUUCAUCCCCCCGUCUAACGCGAAUGCGCCGCCGGGCACCAUUGAUACGAGUGACUCGGCGCCGUCAUCGCGUCCCAAUGCGUUCGGCUUGUUCUCCAGUGCGCUUAGUACGAUGAAGGGUCCCGCAGAUGAUAUUCGGGAUGUGCAGGAACGCUGGAUUGAUGCCAAAGAUGAAUGGGAUGCCCACGAGAAGAAGCAAUGGAAGGAAGAAGGUGAAGUUGUGCGGGACCAAGCUGCCCGCGCUGGUAAAAUUCGAGAGAGAAAGCCUCCAGAAUGAUUGUUGCGUAUCGAUAAUUAUCCAUUGUGUAUCAUGUAGUCAACCAGUCCACUUCGACGCAGAGCAUCGAA